AUGGAUAUAGAAGAUUUAGCAAAGGUCGUUGAGACCACUAUGAGCACAACCCAGAAGAAGUUUAGUCAUGGUCGCCACCGCAUUGAGCUUGGACUUUUCUUGCAGCUCACAGGCCUUACAACAAACCGCCCUCAGGCCAUUCUCAAUCUACGAUAUCGUCACAUACAAGUCAGUCUUUUGCGUGAUCCACAGGGUGGUCCACACCGAAUUGUCAUCGAGUUCACCUUUAAAUUCACCAAAGAGUGGUUGGGUGCUAAAGACUCAAACACAUAUAUUUUGCCUAAGAUCAUUUUUGAUCCUUCUUUAGUCCUGAGUCCACACGUAUUCCUGCUAGGCCUUCUUUUUACAGACCAUGCAUUUGAUCGGGUUGAUGGUGAAGAAGUUCUUGUCUCUGCAAGCCAACUUCCUCGACUCCGAAUUCGUGACCAGUGCAACGAGUUACGACUACAGCUUGACCCCAGGACGGAUGACGUGCCGGUUUUCCGGAUAUCCGAACGAACAUUAAACGGGAUCGGCAUCUCCCCCAGUAAAGCUCUCCCUUAUUCAACUAUAGAGCCAUAG